GGACGGCGGGCUUGGGCCCGCGGGGUCUUUCUCCGGCGCGUGUCGCCCUGUGAUGACGAAAGCGGAGGGGCGGUGGUGGGUCCCUGCCUCCUUCCUUCAGCACCCGCGGGAUGCGCUUCGCCGGUGAGCCCCGGUGGUGGGCGGCACGCAGUAAGCAGCGGUAGCGGCGUGGGAUGCCCAGGGGGGCAUAGCUAGGGGCUCCCCUGGCACCGGUUGGAGCUGUGGGCACCAUGCAUCAGAAGCUGCUGAAGAGCGCCCACUACAUCGAGCUGGGAAGCUACCAGUACUGGCCUGUCCUGGUCCCGCGGGGGAUCCGGCUGUACACCUAUGAGCAGAUCCCUGUGUUCCUCAAGGACAAUCCCUACAUCACCGACGGCUACCGGGCCUACCUCCCCUCCCGGCUGUGCUUAAAGAGUCUCUUCAUUUUGUCCAAUGAGACGGUAAACAUCUGGAGUCACUUACUGGGCUUCUUCCUUUUCUUUACUCUGGGCAUAUAUGACAUGACCUCUGUAUUGCCUUCGGCGAGUGCCUCUAGAGAAGACUUUGUUAUCUGUUCCAUUUGUCUUUUUUGCUUUCAAGUCUGUAUGCUUUGCUCAGUAGGCUAUCAUCUCUUCUGUUGCCAUCGCUCAGAGAAGACCAGCCGGCGAUGGAUGGCGUUGGAUUAUGCAGGGAUUUCCAUUGGUAUCCUGGGCUGCUAUGUAUCUGGAGUGUUUUACGCAUUUUACUGCAAUAAUUAUUGGCGGCAGGUAUAUUUAAUCACUGUGCUGGCGAUGAUCCUAGCAGUGUUCUUUGCUCAGAUUCAUCCCAGUUACCUCACACAACAGUGGCAUCGACUGCGCUCUGUCAUCUUCUGUUCUGUGUCUGGAUAUGGAAUCAUUCCUACCAUCCACUGGGUUUGGCUCAAUGGUGGGGUUGGUGCAUCUAUUGUGCAGGAGUUUGCUCCACGUGUAAUUGUGAUGUACUUGAUUGCUGCAGUAGCUUUUCUCUUCUAUAUUUCCAAAGUUCCAGAAAGGUACUUCCCAGGACAAUUAAACUACCUCGGCUCUAGUCACCAGGUAUGGCAUAUCCUUGCAGUACUAAUGUUGUACUGGUGGCAUCAAUCUACAGUAUAUAUCAUGCAAUACAGGCACAACAAGCCCUGUCCUGAUCAUCCUGCACAUUUGUGAAUGAAGGGCUGUUUUCCUGCCACAAGCGUUCUGACUGAAUGUCUGGGUCUUAGUUGCUUGCUGAGUCCUGAAGUUGUGCACUGAGGCAGUUGUUUUUCAUUCACUUCUGGACUGCAUUUCCACCUGUGGGGAUGGCAUGUGAACUGAAAUUUAAGACUACCAUUGCUUAGGUCUCUGACAGAUGAAUUUUCACUCCAAUGAUUGUGCUAUGCUGCAGAAUGUACAUAAGAACAGUACAGGUCUUCCUACAAUUAAACAAUGAAACUGGGAUUCACAAACCAACAUAUGGAUCAUUACAUCCCCUUUUCUAAUUGGUAGAAUAUGAAUGACAGCAACGUACACUCUUGAUGGACAUCAGACAACUCUCACAUUGAUAUAAACAUCAUUUUACACUUUACUAAAGUCUGAAAUUGAAGAAACCUGUCCUCAGCAUGAUUUUAAAGCUCUUGUUAUACAUUGCUUCUUGAGACCUCAUUUUGGACGUUUUCAGUUCCAUACACUAUAGCAUACUGUUUGCUUAGUUAUUGCUUUGAUUUUUGCUAUUGUAAUAUUUAAAUAUGAAUUUAGUGGAUUCUUGCAUCUUUUAAAAGCUUUCAUUUUUUUUCUUUGUGAAAGAGCAGAAGGGGUGCUGUUAUCUACUGUGAAUUCUCUAUCGCUAAUCUAAAAUUACUUCUGAAAUGGACAACGUUGUUAAUUUGUUCACUGAGUUCCCAAGUUCCUUUCAGGCACCCAAAUGACCCUGGAUGGUUUUGAAAACUUUACCCUGAAGUAUUCUGAAUGAAAUAUCUGGCAAAUUGGACUCAAUUUAAUUAAAUUCUUGUGGGCCUUGUAGUUUGUAGACUUUGUAGCAACACAUUUAAAAAAUGUCCUGUAUGAGUUUAGAGCAGAAGUUGGCCCUAUGCUUCACUAGUACUAAUAAUCCAAAUACUUAAUAAUGUGGAAGUUAACAGCAAAAUAAUGUGUUGUGGUUUUAAUAUGGAGAAAUACAACACAUUGCUUGUAGUGCUCAUUUUAUUGAAACACUUUUCUGUUGCCAAAAGUUUUCUAUAGAUAGUAAUAAAAGAUGACUUAUUGUUUGCCUUCUAUUUGCCAGUUGGAAAACUGAUUUUUAAAACUGCAGUUUUUAAAGAUUUAUUUUGCCUUGGCAUAUCAGAAUUAAAACAAAUAUCCAGAUCAUUCUGGAAAGUCUCUGGAUAUCUAUCUAAUUGCCAACAUGAUAAUUUAAAUGGUUUUUAAUGUGUUAGUUAAUGGUUUUGUUCUCUUGUGGGGAUUGAAAAUUCUUUCGAUUGUUCUUAUUAUAUAGCCUUGAAUGUAGACGGGUCUCUAAAACUGGAUUGUAAAUUUGUUUUUGAUUCAUAAUGAAAGACUGAAACAAUUUGUGUAAGUAAUUGCUUGGGUUUAUGGUUCAUUUUUCCCCCCCCCCCCCCCCCCCAAAAAAAAAAAAAAAAGCUACUAUUAAUGUGAUGAACAGAAGCUAGAAUGGUAUUGUUCACUUUAAAGUUAAUGGACCUGACUACAAUUCUGUAGUAAUCCAACCUCAUUAGGACAUGGGAUUGACCUGUGUGGUGUCAGGGAAGCAUGGUUGUAGUUACAUCUUCCAAGUAGCUACUUCAGUGUGAAGAGUAUAGGAAACAGAGCUGUUUUCAUUAAUAUAAUGAAGAUCUUUCUUUGGGAAUGACAGUCUAGCAUCAUGCAGUCUCUGAAGCAUGGCCUUUGCAAGUGUUGAAGUAUGUAGACAAGAUUUUUGGGUCAUCCCAAAGGAGCAGAUCUAAAUUACACUAAUUGUGGCCUUGAAGUAAACAAGCUGUCUUACUAAGGUGAGCCAAAAAGAGAGAACAGAUUACCUAGUUUGCAUGUCCACAUGCCUCCACUCCCCCCAGGUAACCUCUCCUUUGCCUUUUCUGUAUCUUACUCUCAUCAAUAUGGUGGGGGAGGGAAGAAGAAUCCUUAAUUGUUCUAUCUUGCUCCUAGUGCCAGGUACCAAAGCAUACUUUUAAAACACAUUUUACCAGAAAAUUACUAAUAGACAUUGAAGGAAGAAGCAUCUCAGAAUUUCAGAGAUGAUUUUUGGUAGUGGAUAUGCUGUAGAUGAAGGGGUAAUGUAUUACAGGGGAUAUGGCUCUACUGUAAGAACGUUGAACACUUGCGCAUGCUUGUGCUAGAGGAUACUAGAUGCUCUAACACUGGCAUGUUGUGUAUAUAUUUAUUGUGAAAUAAGUAGUGAUGAACAUAGACUGUAUAAAGUCUAACCAUGCAGCAUUAACUGUUGAGUUCCAAAAGAAGUUAGGUGCAAGCUGGUUCAGUUAGUAUUAAAGCAUAAUGCUGACAAAUUACCUCCCAAGCCUUUUAAUGUGAACAUGACUUCUUUUAACUUGUCAGCCAAACAAGUUCAAAGUGCACUAAUAACUACUACUGAAGCCUGACUAGACUAGAAAUGUGUAAGUAAGAGAGCCUGUCUCAAAUGUCUCCUAAACAAUAACAUUUAAAAUUAUCUGUAACUGUUUGUCUUACUGACUGCAUAUUGAGCUAUCUUUAUUUUUUUUAAAUAACCUAGCAAACUAAACUCAGUAUCUAUUUAACAAUUUUCAGUCACUGGAUAAGGAAACUCAUUGCAAAGUUGUGUUCAUUACGUUGAGUGCAAUGUAUCAAGGUGAUUUGCAUGACAAAUGUUUUAUGUAAAUACCUGCUCUGUAAAUAAAUUUUGAUUUACUGAACAUGUA